AGAAUAACCAUUUGUUUAGGUCCCCGUUUUCAAUCAAAACCCGUAGCAGAGAGCACACACUCACUCUCUCUCAACAAAACCCCUAAACCCUAAAACCUCCUUCAUCUCCAAUACUCCACUCUCCCCGUCGCCGCUGCAACCAUGACGGAGCUCAAACUAUCCGAAACUCGCGACCUAACACGCAUAGAGCGCGUCGGAGCUCACUCCCACAUCCGCGGCCUCGGUCUCGACUCCUCCUUAGAGCCACGCGAUGUCUCAGAAGGCAUGGUCGGCCAAGUCUCCGCUCGUAAAGCCGCCGGCGUCAUCCUCCAGAUGAUAAAAGACGGUAAAAUCGCCGGCCGCGCUGUCCUCCUCGCCGGACAACCAGGAACCGGCAAAACCGCCAUCGCCAUGGGAAUGGCAAAAUCCCUAGGUCUCGAAACACCGUUCGCUAUGAUCGCCGGAAGUGAACUCUUCUCACUCGAGAUGUCGAAGACCGAAGCAUUAACACAAGCGUUUCGUAAAGCAAUUGGUGUUCGGAUUAAGGAAGAAACGGAGGUUAUUGAAGGUGAAGUUGUUGAGGUUCAGAUUGACCGUCCUGCUGUUUCUGGUGCGGCUGCGAAGACGGGGAAGUUGACACUGAAAUCAACGGAGAUGGAGACUGUUUAUGAUCUUGGUGCGAAGAUGAUUGAGGCUAUUGGGAAGGAGAAGAUUACGAGUGGUGAUGUGAUUGCUAUUGAUAAGGCUUCGGGGAAGAUUACGAAGCUUGGUAGAUCGUUUUCUAGGUCGAGGGAUUUCGAUGCUAUGGGACCUCAGGUGAAGUUUGUGCAGUGUCCUGAUGGAGAGUUGCAGAAGAGGAAGGAGGUUGUUCAUUGUGUUACUCUUCAUGAGAUUGAUGUUAUUAAUAGCAGAACACAGGGAUUUCUGGCUCUUUUCACCGGUGAUACAGGUGAAAUUCGUGCGGAAGUCAGGGAACAAAUUGACACGAAAGUGGCAGAAUGGAAAGAAGAAGGAAAGGCAGAGAUUGUGCCUGGUGUCCUUUUCAUUGAUGAGGUACACAUGCUUGACAUAGAGUGCUUUUCGUUCCUCAAUCGAGCUCUGGAGAAUGAAAUGUCUCCCAUUUUAGUUGUUGCUACCAACAGAGGCAUUACAACUAUUCGUGGCACAAAUUACAAAUCCCCACACGGGAUUCCCAUUGAUCUACUUGAUCGCCUACUCAUCAUCUCUACUCAACCUUAUACUGAGGAUGAAAUUCGCAAGAUUUUGGAUAUCAGGUGCCAAGAGGAAGACGUAGACAUGAGUGAAGGCGCAAAGCAUUUGUUAACCAAAAUAGGUGUAGAAACAUCCCUACGCUAUGCCAUUCAUCUAAUCACAGCAGCUUCUUUGGCAUGCCAAAAGCGAAAGGCAAAGACAGUGGAAUUAGAUGAUAUAAAUCGGGUUUACAAUUUGUUUUUGGAUGUCAAAAGAUCGACACAGUACUUGAUGGAAUAUCAAAGUCAAUACAUGUUCAGUGAAACAGGUGAAGUUGAUGAAGAGGAUGCCAAUGCUAUGGUCCCUUGAAAUUCAUGCGCAUCAGUUUGAGACUUUGUAAUUAUCUGAGCUGACAUAUUAGUGUAAGUUGCAGCAAUUUAUUUUAUGAUUUGGUGGGUCAUUGCAGUUGUCUUGUAUUAGAUAUUUGAGCAGGAGCAGUUUUUCCAAGGUUGAAUUUCAAUAUCUACGCGUUCAGGUGGAGGCUGCACUGUAUUUUUGUUUCUGCUAAACUUUUCAAUGAUUUCUUUUUUAUAUUUUGUAAUGUCAUGUGUGCUCUAUUAUGCUCA